AUUCCAGCGACUUCUUGGAGAUGUGCAAAAAUUAAACUUUAGUCACAACACUGUGACGGAUAUUGGACCUUAUCUUCAGCAUCUAACGUGCCUUACAGAAUUGGAUUUAUCUUCUAACGGGAUCACGUCUGUACAACAUUGGAACGAGAUGCUGGGUAAUUUGAAGAAGUUGAUCUUGGCCAAUAAUGCUAUUAGAGAUGUUUCCGGAUUGGCUCGAUUGUAUUCGUUGGAGUUUCUCGAUCUACGACAUAAUGCUGUAGAAACAAUAGCUUCGGUGCAACCUUUGGGUGGUUUGCCAUGUUUGGAAGUCCUUCAUCUUCGUGGAAAUCCUGUUCGAAAAAUGGUCGAAUAUAGGACUAGAAUUUUGGAAGCUUUCGGUGAUAGAAGUUGGGAGGUAAAACUUGAUGGGCGAGCACCAGAUGAUCGUGAAAAAGAUACAAUACGAUUGCGGCUAGCUUUACGUCGUGCAAAAGAGGAAAAAGAAGAAAAAGAAAGGAAACGGAGAGAAAAAAUUGAAGAGAAAAUA